AUGACAUGUGAUUCUUGUGUCAAGUCUGUCUCGGAUUCACUUUACAGUCUUGAAGGGAUCACCAAGGUCGAUGCAAACCUGAAAGACCAGUCAGUAACAGUUGAGGGUACUGCUGCGCCGUCAGCGAUUGUAAGCGCAAUUGAAGCAACUGGUAGAGAUGCUAUCCUUCGAGGAUCGGGUACAUCAAACAGUGCCGCAGUAUGCAUCCUCGAAACGUUCCACGAAAAUGCCAACGAGGCACCAGUGCCCGAGGUAGAGGGCGAGGGAGGCUUCUGGAAACAACGCGAAGUGAGAGGUCUAACGCGUUUGGUGCAGGUAUCGCCAGAAACGACAUUGGUUGAUAUCACAUUGCGUGGAGUAGACCCUGGUAGAUAUCGGGCAUCUAUCCGAGAGUAUGGAAACUUGGCGGACGGUGCAGUAUCUGCAGGUCCUGUGUGGGCAGGCGGCAAUGGAACGACACAACCUAGAGGCUUGCUCGGGUUCGUCGAGGUCGGUAAGAACGGACGAGGAUCCAUGUUUAUCGACCAUCCUUUCCAAGUGUGGGAGGUUAUCGGUCAUGCGAUGGUAGUGCACAGGGAGGAGGUUGCCGAUGGUCCACUUAGCAACGACGAGAAUACUGUUGUCGGUGUUAUUGCAAGGAGCGCUGGUAUGUGGGACAAUGACAAGACCGUAUGCUCAUGCACGGGUAAGACGCUCUGGGAGGAGCGGAAGGAUGAGGUUCAAAAAGGCAUGAUAUAA